ACGCUGCACUCCGACCAAUAGAAUUGUGCAAAGCGUCCUUAGAAAACGUCACUUCCGCUAGGUUCACCCGCUAAUGGUUGAAGCAAGGGCUCGGAGUUGUGUCCCGGUACAAUUUUAUCUUCGCGUAAAAACGUUCAAGCAUCAUGACUUUCGAUGUGCGGAGGUUUGAUAUAUACAGGAAGGUGCCUAAAGACCUCACCCAGCCCACAUACACUGGAGCAUUUAUCUCGAUCUGCUGCUGCGUCUUCAUGCUCUUCCUCUUCCUCUCCGAGCUGACGGGAUUCAUAGCCACAGAAAUAGUAAAUGAGCUCUAUGUGGAUGACCCAGAUAAAGACAGUGGAGGGAAGAUUGAAGUGAGUUUAAACAUCAGUUUGCCAAACUUACACUGUGAUUUGGUGGGGUUGGAUAUCCAAGAUGAAAUGGGACGUCAUGAAGUUGGCCACAUAGAAAACUCCAUGAAGGUGCCACUUAACGACGGUUAUGGCUGUCGCUUCGAGGGCGAAUUCAGCAUUAAUAAAGUUCCUGGAAAUUUCCACGUCUCCACACACAGCGCCACAGCGCAACCGCAGAACCCUGACAUGACCCACGUCAUUCAUAAACUCGCCUUCGGGGACAAGCUUCAGGUGCAAAACGUCCAAGGGGCUUUCAAUGCCCUCGGUGGGGCCAACAAACUCCAGUCUAAUGCUUUGGCCUCCCACGAUUACAUCCUCAAGAUCGUUCCCACUGUGUAUGAGGACCUGUCAGGGAAGCAGAAGUUCUCCUACCAGUAUACCGUGGCAAAUAAGGAAUACGUGGCAUACAGUCACACAGGGCGCAUCAUCCCAGCCAUUUGGUUUCGUUAUGAUCUGAGCCCAAUCACGGUGAAAUACACAGAGAGGAGGCAGCCCCUCUACCGCUUCAUCACAACUAUCUGUGCCAUAAUCGGUGGGACUUUUACAGUAGCUGGCAUCAUCGACUCCUGUAUAUUCACAGCUUCCGAGGCAUGGAAGAAAAUCCAAAUAGGCAAGAUGUCCUGAGCGUCCGUCUUAUUUGCUAGGCAUCUUAUUUAUAUCCCUCUGACUGUUCAGACCUGCCCUGGUGUUCCACUGUCAACUCUCGUUUCCCUUUAAGAAAUGUAUUUUUACAUUAUGGCAUUUCCACCCAUUCUGUUGGCUGAAAGUUCUCAACAUAGCUGUUGCACAGGUCAGAGAGUCAAUGUUAAAUAGAUUACGAGAGUGCAGUUUUUGUUUUUUAAUUAGGAUAUAUUUUUACAUUUUUUUCCCUAGAAUUAUUCCUUAAUUGUAUUUUUGUAAGUUUGGCAGUGUGUAAAGUCGUGCACAGUUCCCAGCUGUUAGUUUGUAUUUUACAGAAGGCCAUCAGAAGUACUGUUUCUCCUGUAUAUUAUUUAGUGGAUGUAUUUGCCUGUCCAAAACCGUUAAUUUAUCAUAAUCUCUGCGUAAUUACAGUAUGUCAAGCAAUGUAAUAAUCAGUGAGAUUGUUAGAUUGUAAUAACGAUAGAAUCAUGUACAUUACCCAGGACUUCUAGGUUUGUUAAUUGCACAACGAUAAUGGAGGUAGUGUUACCCUACAUGUUUUGAAUUGCAUGAAAUAUUGCGUUCUUCAUUGUCAAAAUCACCCUAGUGUUUACUGAGUUACACAAAUGGCUAUUCGUGCCUUAAAGUGUUUUAAAUCAGCCGACCUCGGUUAUUGGAGGUAAACCCGUCUUCGACAUGUGUUUUAUUGGUGUUAGUGUAUCCUCUUAAUCACAAAUCCAACUCUAAUGGUUUUUUAAUUUAAUUUUUUUUGUUAAGAAUUUAAGUUAGUCAUUUGUUUGAGGUAAAUUAUCAUUGUACUUCCCCACCAAAGGAUUUUAAAUGAAGUGUAUGGAUGUUACUUUGUAAUGUUUCUUUCAUAGGAAUUGUUAAUUCUGUUAUUGUUUUCUUCAGUUUUACGACGUUUACAUCACCGUAUGUGGAAAACCGUUUAUGUAAUUUGUUUACUGCCUGUCAAGGGCCAACCUUGGAACAAGGAAACAACUGAUUCCAGCUCUGAUUGAUAAAAAUCAUGUUAAAUAAUCAUGGGUGGAGCCUUAUUUAUGAAACGUUAGCACUACAGAUAUCUUAUCGAGUAGAUAGGACAUAACCAGCACACAAUGAAUUAAAGAUUUUAGCAGUGGGGUCAUUUUAGCAUUAUGUAAUACAGUAGAGGGUGGUAUAGUGUCCUGCUUGUUCUCACUGUGGCCUUACACCCCCAGGGUCGAGGGUUGGACCCCUUCGAUCCAGUAGAGGGUGGUAUUGUGGCAUAUUGGUUCUCACUGUGGCCUUGCACCUCCAGUGUUGAGGGUUGGAGUCCUGCCGUCGCUUUUGUGACUAUGGAGUUUGUGUGUUCUCCCUGUGCUUGGUGGGUUUCCUCCGGGUACUCCAGGUUCCUCCCACAGAGAUGCAGAUUAGGUUAACUGGUAUUUCCAAAUUGCUUGUAGUGUUCGAGUGUGUGUUUUUGUGCCCUGCAGUGGAUUGGCACCCCAGUCCAGUGUGUAAUUUCUUCUCGUGCCCUUAGCCCACUGGGAUCAGCUUUAGAUCCCCGCAACCCUGUACAGGAUAAGCAGUAUAGCAAAUGGAGGAGAGAGUGAAACUCCCUCCCGUGUUAUAAUUAGUUAGAAGAAUUUAUUCUUAUCUAUGAUUGGUUGGAUGACCUUGAAGUGUGAGCCAAACUUGGUGCAUGAAGAUGGGACGUAAAAUGCUUGAUUUAAAAUUGAUUAUCGGUUAAAACAAUGUGUCAAACAAGGUAAACCCUGUAAAUUAGUAGCAAAAGAAACUAGAUAACAAGUGCAAAGGACUGCAUGCUUAGAAGGGUAUUUUUACUGUCUUCCUUUUCUCACUCAAUCCCUGUCUUUAUAGAAAAUUGUUCUUGUCCUGGAAUCUAAAAUGUGAUGAAUGUGCAUAGUACAUGAGCUACAAAGGGACAGUUAUCUGCAGUACUGCUGUUCUUUUGACUAAUGUCAAACAUUUACAAAUGUUUAACUUGCUUCUGAACCUAAUCUCUUACUCGCCCCCAUAUCUGCCAUUAUUUGAUAUGCCAGCAUUUGAUAGCCUAAUACUGUGAUCAUUUUUAUUUUAAUAUUUAUGUAUUUGCCAUGGCUUCAGUUUCAGUGAAAAAUAUCAUUAUGUAAAAUAGUGCUUAAACAGCUGGAAUGCAACAAACAGACUGAUUAUGUCCUAUCUACUCUAUAUAAUAUCUGUGAUAACAGUGUUGUAGAAGUACACAUGGCACUCUGGGCAUAUAUUGAAUAAAUAAGGCUGGUAACCAACAA